UUGCCGAGCGAAAAUUUGCCGCGCAAUUUCGCAGUUCGGCGGUUCCGGAAAAUUUGCGGUCCGGUUGAUGAUUGUAAAUACGGUGGUGCAUAAUAGCCGGGUACCCGUCCAGUGAAAUGCGCGGUCAGAAUUUAGAAUCGGGAACCUGGUUUGCCUCCCAUCCCACCUUUCUGAUUGGUGCGCUCAUCUAACGGCACUUGGAGAACCAGCGCGUCGACUGCCAACAGUCGAUCUCGCAGACGUCCGAGCGCUGUUCGAGGAUCACCACGAACACGUUUUUUCGACGAGGAUGUCGCGCAACGAACAACGGGCAGUCGUGGUUAUUUGACAGUGUGCUUGGUGAGAAUACCGUACUUAUAAGAUUUCGGUUGAGAAAAGCCGUAUUAAUCGCGGGAUCGCCGUUGUCUUCUUCUGACUUGAUGAACGACAUAGUUUACGCGUGUGCAUUCAAAACACAUUCUCGACACGUGUAUAUCAAUUUUGUCGCCGAAUUCAAAUUAACGUAAAACAAGUGUCGUCGAAGUAAGGAGGGGUGAAUUGUCCGAAUAAACAAGUCGUGUUUUUGUAUUCCGCGCCUAUGUUUUGCGUUCUGCGUUCCGCGUCUGACAGGUUCAAAGUGUCUAGACGAAGAAAAAAAGGAUGCAACCGCAGCGAUUGUUGGUAAUUCUAGGAGUCGUUUUGACAGCGUCGUUGCUGGUACGCUGUCAGUCCGCCGGCAAAGUUACGUUCCAGGAUGUCGUUCCAGAAGGCCAAACAGAAAACCAAGAGAAUGCCGAAGAAGCUCCGUCGCAGCAGAGAGGAUUCAAUCCUGUCCAACACGUGGAAGAUCUAUUCGAGUAUAUCGGUUUCGGGACAGGUCGAAACACGGAUCCUUAUCUAGCGAGAAUCAACGAGCGGUGUAUAACCGGCGACUUGGCGGAAUGCUUCAAGUCCCGCGCCUUGAAUUACUUUUCAGACUUUUUCGACCAUGCUGAGUAUUCCUUGAGCGAUUACGUGCGAGUCAAGCGGAUGUCUCAGGACGUGGUGACGGAGGUGUAUCGUCAGCCGUACGAGUAUUCCAACGAGCCCAGGUCCGAGGAGUCGGAAUGGGAUAAAAUGCUCAACUUCAUGAAGAGGAAAACGGAGAGAUUUAUCAAAACAAUGUCCUUCGAAUUAACCAUACCUACCUCGGAGACGGGUCGUAGUGGCGCUUAUGAGCCCAGAUUUUUGGACGAAAUCGCCGAUGAAAUCAAUACUCUUGAGAACAAGAAGGAUACACUAUUUUCCCGUCAUAAGUUCAGGAAGCUCUUGAUACCGAUGCUGCUCGUGAUUAAACUGUUCAAGCUGAAGCUGCUGCUCUUCUUGCCGCUGAUUUUGGGCCUGGCUUCAUUCAAAAAGUUCCUCGGAUUCAUGGCGAUCGCUAUACCCGGUCUGAUAGGUUUCUUUAAGCUUUACAGGCCGCAAAAUUAUUAUCCGCCAGUCUACACCAAGAACGGCAUCGGUCACCUUCAAUACGGAGUUCAUCCGGAUAUCGAUUAUCAUCAUGAUGAUCGUUACGGAAGCGCGGACUCCUACGGUCAGGACUUGGCGUAUCACGGAUAUCAGCAUUACAAGUCGUAAUGCGCUUAUUUAUUGCGUCAUGUUCAUGUUAGAAGGAGCAACGGCGGAAUAGACAGUCAUAUUUUCGGAUAGUCGCGAAAACCGCGUUCAAAUAUGACGCGCCGUUUUGUCGUUUCUUACGGAUUGUUUUAAGCGCGCCUAUUCGCGUUGCAUCAUUUGCAUCUGAUUGUGACUCGAGUAUGUUGUACAUAUUCUUGAAGCGUGAAUGUGCAAAUUCUGACGUCGAUUUUUUUUAAUAAAAGACGCGACUCUCGCAGAGGAACUCGCUCUGAUUACGUAUAUGUUAUACGUAUAGACGAGGAGUCCAGUUUAUAGCUGCGUUUUAUAGAAAAAGAGGAACGCCAAGGUCGGUGACGUUGAAUGAAAAUUCCAUCGCACACGUUUAUACAUAGUAACAGACUGUUAGCGUUCUCUCCAUCGUUUUCGCUCCACUUUUAACGCAUUACGCAUACGUGCGCUCGCGAUUUUGCGAAUCGAUAUACAGUGCGCGUCCGCGUGACACAACGAUAAUGCGGAACUGUCGGAAUAAAUCUCUUUGAACUGCGGUUUUUUCCAAGCGGGUCUGCGGACAGAGAAAUAUUGGACACGGAAGAUAUAUGUCGCGCAACAAUUUUUUAACGUUUAAUUCGUGCAAACCGGAAAUUCUGGAAUGGGAACUAGGAUAUGGCGAUUUCCACGGAGGAAGAUUAGCCGUGAUCAACGGUGUUUACAGCUCUUACACGACUCUUCACGCGCGUCAUUGAUCGUCAUAAUCGUUCGCGUAUUAACGCAUUUCAUGUCAUUACACGUCUUUGUUAAUAAUCAACCUCAUUUAGAUUAAUUAGAGAGAGGGGAAGAGAGAAAGAGAAAGAAAGAAAGAAGAAGCUGUUUAUGCUAAUAAGCUGUUUAUGCUAAUAAGAUUUUUUUAUAUGUUGUACAGGAAUGUAUGUAAUUAAAUUUCCCUGAAAAAGUA